GCCCAGAGCAGUUAGUACUAAGUUUCUGCUGGGGCCUGGUACUGGAUUCUCCUUCUUUUCCCAAGAAAUCGGCUGCAUGAAGACAAGAUAACUAUUGGAGACAGCCAUCCUCCUUCUCCCCUUCUCUUCACAUUUUUCCCCACAAAGAUUCUGCAUGUCUAAUAUUUAGACAUGUUUAGCUUUGUGGAUUCAAGGACUCUAGUGCUGUUCGCAGCCACACAAGUCAUUUUAUUAGCGGUUGUACGAUGCCAAGAUGAAGAAGAUGUCCUGGCCACAGGCAGCUGCGUGCAGCAUGGGCAGAGGUAUAGUGAUAAAGAUGUGUGGAAACCAGAGCCCUGCCAAAUCUGUGUCUGUGACACUGGGAAUGUUCUCUGCGAUGAGAUAAUCUGCGAAGAUCCCAAAGAUUGCCCCAAUGCUGAGAUCCCCUUCGGAGAGUGCUGCCCCAUCUGCCCAACUGAGCAAUCUUCUACCUCCAGUGGGCAAGGAGUACUCAAGGGCCAGAAAGGUGAACCCGGUGAUAUUAAAGAUGUUGUAGGACCAAAAGGACCACCUGGACCACAGGGACCUUCUGGUGAACAAGGACCUAGAGGAGAUCGUGGAGACAAGGGCGAGAAAGGUGCUCCUGGACCCCGUGGAAGAGAUGGCGAACCCGGUACUCCUGGGAACCCAGGACCUGUUGGACCCCCUGGACCUCCUGGACCCCCUGGCCUUGGCGGAAACUUUGCUGCUCAAAUGACAGGAGGAUUUGAUGAAAAAGCUGGUGGUGCACAAAUGGGAGUUAUGCAAGGACCAAUGGGCCCUAUGGGACCAAGAGGACCUCCCGGCCCAACAGGAGCUCCUGGACCUCAAGGUUUCCAAGGCAAUCCCGGUGAACCUGGUGAACCUGGCGCUGGUGGUCCAAUGGGUCCCCGUGGUCCUCCUGGCCCUGCUGGAAAGCCUGGUGAUGAUGGUGAAGCUGGCAAACCUGGCAAAUCUGGUGAGCGUGGACCCCCAGGACCACAGGGAGCUAGAGGUUUCCCUGGAACCCCAGGACUUCCAGGAGUAAAAGGACACAGGGGUUACCCAGGUCUUGAUGGGUCAAAGGGUGAAGCUGGUGCUGCUGGUGCCAAGGGAGAAGGUGGUGCUACUGGUGAAGCUGGAUCUCCUGGUCCAAUGGGUCCCCGUGGUCUUCCAGGUGAGAGAGGACGCCCUGGAGCUUCUGGUGCUGCUGGUGCUCGUGGUAAUGAUGGUCUUCCUGGCCCUGCUGGUCCCCCAGGACCUGUUGGCCCUGCUGGUGCUCCUGGUUUCCCUGGUGCUCCUGGUUCAAAGGGUGAAGCUGGCCCAACUGGUGCUCGUGGACCUGAGGGUGCUCAAGGACCCAGAGGAGAAUCUGGUACCCCUGGAUCUCCUGGACCUGCUGGAGCUUCUGGUAACCCUGGUACUGAUGGUAUUCCUGGCGCCAAAGGUUCAUCUGGUGCUCCUGGUAUUGCUGGUGCCCCUGGUUUCCCUGGACCACGUGGUCCUCCAGGACCUCAGGGAGCUACUGGUCCUCUUGGUCCCAAAGGCCAGACUGGUGACCCCGGUGUUGCAGGUUUCAAGGGUGAACAUGGUCCCAAAGGUGAAAUCGGGUCUGCAGGUCCUCAGGGUGCUCCUGGCCCAGCUGGUGAAGAAGGCAAGAGAGGAGCCCGUGGUGAACCUGGUGCUGCUGGACCCCUUGGUCCUCCUGGAGAGAGAGGUGCUCCUGGUAAUCGUGGUUUCCCUGGUCAAGAUGGUCUUGCUGGUCCUAAGGGUGCUCCUGGUGAACGUGGUGUUCCAGGUCUUGGUGGACCAAAGGGUGCUAAUGGUGAUCCUGGCCGUCCUGGCGAACCUGGUCUCCCUGGUGCUAGGGGUCUUACUGGCCGUCCUGGUGAUGCUGGUCCUCAGGGAAAAGUUGGGCCCUCUGGUGCUUCUGGUGAAGAUGGUCGUCCUGGACCUCCUGGGCCACAAGGUGCUCGUGGUCAGCCUGGUGUUAUGGGUUUCCCUGGGCCUAAAGGUGCCAAUGGCGAACCUGGCAAAGCUGGUGAGAAAGGACUGCUUGGUGCUCCUGGUCUGAGGGGUCUGCCUGGAAAAGAUGGUGAAACUGGUGCUCAAGGUCCCAAUGGUCCAGCUGGACCUGCUGGUGAAAGAGGUGAACAAGGACCUCCUGGCCCAUCUGGCUUCCAGGGACUUCCUGGACCUCCCGGUUCUCCCGGAGAAGGUGGCAAACCAGGUGAUCAGGGUGUUCCCGGUGAAGCAGGUGCCCCUGGUCUUGUUGGCCCAAGAGGUGAGCGUGGUUUCCCAGGUGAACGUGGUUCUUCAGGUCCUCAAGGUCUUCAGGGUCCUCGUGGUCUUCCUGGAACUCCUGGUACUGAUGGUCCCAAGGGUGCAACUGGUCCAUCUGGUCCCAAUGGUGCCCAAGGUCCUCCUGGUCUUCAAGGUAUGCCUGGUGAGAGAGGAGCUGCUGGUAUUUCUGGACCCAAGGGUGAUAGAGGUGAUACUGGUGAGAAAGGCCCAGAGGGUGCUCCUGGUAAAGAUGGUUCAAGAGGUUUGACUGGUCCAAUUGGUCCCCCUGGUCCAUCUGGUCCUAAUGGUGAGAAGGGAGAAUCUGGUCCUUCCGGUCCAGCUGGUAUUGUUGGUGCCCGUGGUGCCCCUGGUGAUCGUGGUGAGACUGGCCCUCCAGGUCCUGCUGGCUUUGCUGGUCCUCCUGGUGCUGAUGGUCAAGCUGGUCUUAAGGGUGAUCAAGGUGAAUCUGGCCAGAAGGGUGAUGCUGGUGCUCCUGGUCCCCAGGGUCCAUCUGGUGCUCCUGGCCCACAGGGCCCAACUGGUGUUAAUGGUCCUAAGGGAGCUCGUGGUGCUCAAGGUCCUCCUGGUGCUACUGGAUUCCCUGGUGCUGCUGGAAGAGUUGGUCCCCCUGGUCCCAAUGGUAACCCUGGACCUUCAGGUGCUCCUGGAUCUGCUGGUAAAGAAGGGCCAAAGGGUGCACGUGGUGAUGCUGGUCCUACUGGUCGUGCUGGUGAUCCAGGUCUUCAAGGUCCUGCUGGUGUUCCUGGAGAGAAGGGAGAGUCUGGUGAAGAUGGUCCUUCUGGUCCAGAUGGUCCCCCAGGUCCUCAAGGUUUGUCUGGACAGCGUGGUAUUGUUGGUCUGCCAGGUCAGCGUGGUGAAAGAGGAUUCCCUGGACUUCCUGGUCCAUCUGGUGAACCUGGAAAACAAGGAGGCCCUGGAUCUGCUGGAGACCGUGGACCCCCUGGCCCUGUUGGCCCACCUGGUUUGACUGGACCUGCUGGAGAGCCUGGACGUGAAGGUAACGCUGGAUCUGAUGGCCCACCUGGUCGUGAUGGUGCUACUGGAAUUAAGGGUGAUCGUGGUGAGACUGGUCCUCUUGGUGCUCCUGGUGCUCCCGGUGCCCCUGGUGCUCCUGGACCUGUUGGCCCAACUGGAAAACAAGGAGACAGAGGAGAAUCUGGACCCCAAGGUCCACUUGGUCCAUCUGGUCCUGCUGGUGCUCGUGGCUUGCCUGGUCCUCAAGGUCCACGUGGUGAUAAGGGUGAAGCUGGUGAGGCAGGAGAGAGAGGACAGAAAGGUCACAGAGGAUUCACUGGUCUUCAGGGUCUGCCAGGUCCCCCAGGUACUGCUGGUGACCAAGGUGCUUCUGGUCCUGCCGGUCCUGGUGGUCCUAGAGGUCCCCCUGGCCCUGUUGGUCCUUCUGGCAAAGAUGGCUCUAAUGGUCUUCCUGGUCCAAUUGGUCCACCUGGUCCACGCGGUCGCGGUGGUGAAACUGGUCCUGCUGGUCCACCUGGUCAACCUGGCCCACCUGGUCCCCCUGGUCCUCCUGGCCCUGGAAUUGACAUGUCUGCUUUCGCCGGCCUAUCUCAACCUGAAAAAGGACCCGACCCAAUGCGUUACAUGCGUGCUGACCAAGCCUCCAGCUCUGUCCCUCAGCGUGAUGUUGAUGUUGAAGCCACUUUGAAAUCCCUUAAUAACCAGAUCGAAAGCAUCCGCAGCCCAGAUGGUACCAAGAAGAACCCAGCCCGCACAUGCCGUGACCUGAAACUCUGCCAUCCUGAAUGGAAGAGCGGUGACUAUUGGAUCGAUCCCAACCAGGGCUGCACUGUAGAUGCUAUCAAAGUCUUCUGCAACAUGGAGACUGGAGAGACCUGUGUAUACCCCAACCCAUCAAAGAUCCCCAAGAAGAACUGGUGGUCCGCCAAGGGCAAGGAAAAGAAACACAUUUGGUUUGGAGAGACAAUCAAUGGUGGCUUCCAAUUUAGCUAUGGAGAUGACAGCUCAGCACCCAACACUGCCAACAUUCAGAUGACCUUCCUGCGUCUGCUCUCCACUGAUGCAACCCAGAACAUCACCUAUCACUGCAAGAACAGCAUUGCAUUUAUGGAUGAAGCUUCAGGCAACCUUAAGAAGGCUGUUCUACUCCAAGGAUCCAAUGAUGUAGAAAUCAGAGCUGAGGGCAACAGUAGAUUCACAUACAAUGCCUUGGAAGAUGGCUGCAAGAAACACACUGGCAAAUGGAGCAAGACAGUAAUUGAAUACAGGACACAGAAAACAUCCCGCCUGCCCAUCGUAGACAUUGCACCUAUGGAUAUUGGUGGCGCUGAUCAGGAAUUUGGUGUUGACAUUGGCCCAGUCUGCUUCUUGUAAAAACCAAAAAAGCAUAAUAAAAAUAAAUAAAACCCUAAGGACCUGAGUACUUUCCAAUCACUUUUAGGACUUCUGCACUGAAUGGCUGAACCGACCCCAAAUUUCCAUUCAUCCACGCGCUUACAUUUUGGACUUUUUUAUUUUGAAUUUCAAGGCCAGAACUGGGCAGACUGAAAAAUAAAAUCACGGUAUUAUUUAUUUAUUGUCUUCCUGUAAGACCUAUGGGUCAGGUGAAGGUUUGAAACUAACUGGCAUGUUUGAAGGCCCCCUAACUGUUGUACAAAGUGCAGUUUAAAGCAGCCCUCCCCCUCACAGUGUAUAUCAACAGGAAAACUGUGUGUGUAAUUGAAUUAAAUGGUGCUAUUGUUGUAAAACAGUUUUGUAUUUUAAAAUAUCAACUGAUAUAAAAAAAUCUUUUUGGAAAGUACAAGUUGAUCUGGGCUUUGUUCUUUUAUAUUUUUAUAUACUGUAGAUAGAAAGAAAAAUUCCAAGAUUGUCAGUCCGCCUGCCCUUUUGUUGUGGUUUUUUCCAAUAUGAGAUGAAGGAAGUUUAGGGCAAUAUUAGAACUUCCCAGGUUUAAGCUACCUCACACUAACUAAAAACUAAAGACAAAAGUGAAACCUUGAAGCUGAACUAAACAUGCAGUACUGUAGGAGUCAAAGAAACAGUGAUUGAUGGAACAAUCUUGGGUUACGUUCUCAAGUUCAGGUGCUUAUCUUAUGCUUCUGGGUUCUGCAUCUGGGAGAAGACUGAGAGGAAGAUCAAAGAUUGAGGAUCAAUUUGAUGGCACAAAGGAGUAUAUAAUGAUGAAUAAAGAGUUGCUGUUUUUUUGGUGGAACAACUAGACAAUGCCAAAGUUUAGCAGCUAUAGUCUUAAUAAAAUCAGUAUUGUAGGCAAGUGGUUGAUGAUUAUAAUUCAGGUCAUAGCCAUUCAAAAGAGACAAUGUUGUCUUCCAAAUAUGUAUGUGAAUUAUCUACCCCUAACAUCUAAGUAUCUCUGACCUUAUUUUGCUGUGUUUUUGAGGAUCAAACAGUUAGACACUUUGGCCAGAGGGAGGGAGGGGGAAGCAAAGAAGGGAUAAGAACCAAGAAUAUGUACUAUUUUGUAUAGAAUUUUUUUUUUUUUAAACUUCGCAAUACUGAUUUUCGGCAUAGUAGAUUAGUAAAAAUGCCCACACCAACACUAAUCUUUCUUGUGAAAUAAUUGUCUUACUGUAUCUUUUUUUUCUCAUUUUCCAAUCCCUCUUCUUUUCUGCAAUAAAGACUAAAAAGCUUUUUCUAUUAAAAAAAAAAUAAAAAUAAAACACGUUUGUUUGAUUUUUUAUUUGUAUUAAAUUCCAUCCUAUGAUGUAAUCUUUGUUGAAUGAUGUUAAUCUUAUCUGGGGUAUUUCAUGACAAAACGAAACAACACAAAUAAAACUUUUAAUUAAAAAAGAAAA